AUGAACGACAGUCCCUUUGAUUACGGCCUGGGCAUCCACGACAACGUUCCAGGCUCCGGGUUCCCCUUUGAUUUCCAGCCAGAAGGCAUCGAUUCCCUUGUCGAUCCCGGCUUGUCGCUCUCGCCAUACGCAACCACCACGCCGGACUCGCACUUUACAACGCCCCUGUCCGUGCCAUUGCUGUCGCCCGGAAGCUCCAUUGAGUGCUUUGGGGACCACCGAAGCAGCAUUGGCAGCCUCGACUCGACUAUUGCCCCUCAUGAGAUUAUCGCCAGCACCGCCGCCAAAAGCAGCCAUCACAGCAAUACAAACAGCAGCGGCAGCGGCAGCAACAGUAAGCCGAGCAAGACAGCUCCCAGCACAGCAUCAGCAACGGCCACCGCCACCAUGAUGACAAGGACGAGAAAGGCCGCCGCCCAAAACGUCGAAGCGUCCACCUCGGAAGCUCAACCUCGCGCCAAGCGACAGAAGACGGCUUCUUCGGCCCAGGCGGCAACGAUCAAGCAGGAGCUCCAACAAGAGCCGCCGCCUCCGCCUCCGUCGCGGGGACGAAGGCUGGCACGAAGAGGAGCUGCCGCAAAGAAGGAGGACGCAGCUCAGCGCAGCAAGAAUCUGGAGCGCAAUCGCAUCGCCGCGUCCAAAUGCCGCCAAAAGAAGAAGGAAUGGGUGUUGGAGCUGGAGGAGACCAAGUCGGGCAUGGAGCUUCGCCACAACAGCCUGCGCGUGGAAUACUUUCAACUGCUCGACGAAGUGACGCGUAUAAAGAACCAGCUCAUGGCGCAUGCGGCGUGCAACGAUCCCAACAUCAAUUUCUGGAUUGAAAAGGAAGCUCUCCGAUAUGUCGAGAGGUGCAUGGACCCUCCGAGCGAGAGGCGUCCCUCGGCCGCCGCCAAUGGUGAGUUUGCCUGGUGA